CCGAAGAAGAGCCUCUGUGCGGUUUUUAGUUUAACUACAUUACAACAAUGUAAACAGAUAUAAUUUAAUAAGAAAACAAGCCCCGUUGGAGACAAACGUUUGCUUGACAUCAUGGGGAAGCGUAAGAAAACCCUGGACAUGAGGUGUGUGUUAUUCCCAGAUGAUGUGAAGAACAAUUUCAGAAAAGGAGGAAAAGCCAGAACGUCCACUCCUGCCUCAAAGUCAUGGGAGACAUGUGGAGACAGUUUUCUGGACAGCGCCGUCAUCCAUAAACUGCAAACAUCAGAGAGGAAGAGCAGAAGUGCAUGCAAAGUUUCUCUGACUGGUAGCAGAGGCGCUGGCACAGAUGAAGCGGUGAACAUUGCCUGGAGCUCCAGUGAAGAGGAAGAUUCAGAUGGUGAUAAUCCUCCUCCUCCUGCUCCUCGUCAGCCACUUAGAGCACACAAACAGCAUCCAGUUGACCAGCACAGGAGUCUGCGGAUGUUUAGUACUGGUGUAGACACAGAUGAACUGCCCACUAUUGAUUCAGACAGUGAAUUCGAGGAGGAGAAUUCAGCUUCCAAAGAGCAUAGCGACUUCCUAAAUCCUGCUGUGUCACCGGCUGAGAUUUCCGACUACUCCUCUUACGAAGGUAAUGAAGAAGAUCCAAAUGAAAGCAGAGCUGAAUCUUCUCUGGCGGCCGACACUAGCAAACAGUCAGUCAGCGAGUGGAUCCGCUCCGCUCAGGCCAUUCUCCAGACACCUCAGAAGCAAACCACCAAGACCAUCAAAACCCCAGAGGACUCCAGCAAAAAGAGGAGGAGGUUCGAAAGAGGGGGUCUUGCUGAAAGGCUGAACCGACUCCACAGCAGGCAGAGAUCUGCCAUCAGCUUCUGGAGACAUCAGUGCAACUCCACCACAUCAGCUGCUGACAGACCUGGUGUCCUGACACUGAGGAUUGUGGGAGUUCGGGAGGAGUGUGGCAUGCAGGCCGCUGUGUGUGAGCGGCUGCCAGAGGGAGAAACCUGUGUGGCUCUUUUCAACAAGGACACGGCCAUCCAGAUACAGCCUGCGCCUGGAGACAUCGUCCACAUCUACCCACCAUGGCAGAAUUUGGUUUUGGAGGGCGAAUGCUAUCCCAUAAUCCUCAACACUCACUUCAGUCAGAAAGUCUGCAUGGAGACUAAAGCGGAACGCGCAGAAGACCCCAAAUCUGCAAUGGCCGUGGAGAAAUGCAGACCUCCGCCAUUAACCAGGUGCCUUUGGCGGUCAGAGACGAGCCAAGUGUCAACGGAGAGAUCCGUUCCCUGUAAACAGGUGGUUGAGUUGAACAGAACAGGAGUUCGGAAAUCUCUGCUGGAUGCAGUGGAGGAUUGUGGGUCGUCGGGGUCUCAGAGCGGCCCUGUUGAGGUGGUUGUUCAGAGGGUUUACUGUAUCCCCAUCACACAGUCUCUUCACAGAGCUUCUCUCCAGCACAGAGCGCUGGCCAAACUUCCAAGCGAAUCAGCACAAGACAUCGGCAGGCUGUGUGCUCUGGUUCAGGACGGUUAUGGGAUGUUCAGUGAGCUGCUUCUUCAGUGUGUGUCCUCAGACUUGGAGAUCCAACAGGCCUCGGAUCAGUUGGAGGGCCGUGUUUGUCUCCUGCGGGCCUUCAGGGUCGUCCAGCGGCUCACACGCGACAGAUGUUCUUCCCUCUUCAGUCUGAUCGACAGUGUGUGGCCUCCUCCGGUUGAUCUGAAAUCUGGGGAUGAUCCGCCGCAGUCUCCCAGCGACAGCGUCUCAGCACCCAGUUUCUGCUAUAGGCUGAGUGUUCAACAUGGUCACGUGAGUGUAUUAUCAGGACAGAUUGAAUCUGCAAUGCACCGUCCAACUAAACUGCAGACACUGAGAGAGAUCCUGCAGGAUGAGUCUCUGCGGUGUCGUUGCAGCUUUCAGGCUGCUGUGCUUCAUAAACAAACCCUGAGCUCAAAUGGAAGCGAGAGGGAGAUUCUGCUGUUUGUGACUGAUCUCAGUCUCCAGAACGAGCCGAACACAGAGAAGAAGAGCAGAAGCGUGUCUGUGUGUUUGAGCUCAACCUGCCUGAUCCGCAGCUCAGUAACACAAGCACUGGACACACAGAGAAAACCACUCAUCCUCAAGUUCAGAGACGCUGUGAAGGAGCAUGGUCAGAUAUUCUGCUGGGAACAGACGGUUAUCCAACUGCAAGAAGAAGACCAAUCUUUCCCCAUUCAGUGGCCCAUAAUUCUGGACAACCUGAGUCCAGAAACCCAGCUCUACUCUCUAUGCAGCGUCACAGGUGUGAUUGUUGCGGUGGAUGAAAACACAGCAUUCUCCUGGCCUAUUUGCUGUCGGUGUGAGAGUUGCCAUUUAGAGAUUCGAGAAAAGCAGAAAGGAUUCUUCUGUUUGGUGUGUGGAGCAGUGAUGGAUGAACCCAACACAAAGAUGCAGCUGGAGGUGUUUCUGAGCUGCUCUUCACUGAGCCACUGUACCAUCAAAAUCAAGUUGCAGCAAAACACCAUCAAGUCUCUCUUGAGCUCAACAAGAAGUUCUGAGGGCUACAAUGUGGAGCAUGUUCUUGGCUCAGAGAUUGGUCCUCUCAGCACCUUCGUCCACAUUGUGAACAGGAGUCAGACUGUUUGGAUCGGUUUGGAGGAGUUAUCCUUUGACUAGCACACUUAUCUGCUGUCAUUAUUACUGCUUAUAAAGAAGAAUCAGUCAACACUAGUCAUGCAUUAUUUCUAAAGGAAUAUAUGUGAGAAAAAUAGCCUUAACUGAACCACUUUCACUCAAACUACUUUAAGGAUGUUUAUUCUGAAUCAUAUUGAUCUGGAAUAUGUUGAAAUGAAUUAUUAUUAAGAUGUUUGUGCGGGAUAUCCAGCUGAUAAAAGAGAUUUUGUGUUGAGGCAAAAGUUGUUUCUAACCACAUUAUGGUGGUGUUUAAGUUCAACUGCACACAAUUAUAACUCAUCUGUUUUGAUGCUCUUCAUGAUAGCUCAUAUUUACUAUAAAUAAAUGUGGUUUUGGCCACCAAA